AUGAAAUUGAUAGUAUGUCAUUGGGUAUUCCUGGGCUUUAUUUGCCUAAGUCGAUGUCAGGACGACAAUGAUAAUGUUAGAAGGAUAAUGAAGGAAAUGGAGGUAACCCCAGAUAUCUUAGAUGAGCCUCCCAGGGAGUUACUUAGGAUAAAGUACGAGAACACCUUUGACAUUGAGGAGGGCAAGACCUAUACUCCUACAGAGCUUAAAUUCCAACCCAGACUGGAUUGGAAUGCGGAUCCUGAGUCCUUUUACACGGUGGUUAUGAUCUGUCCCGAUGCUCCGAAUCGUGAAAAUCCAAUGUAUCGUUCUUGGCUUCAUUGGUUGAUUGUCAAUAUUCCUGGCUUGGAUAUAAUUAAGGGUCAACCGAUAUCGGAUUACUUUGGUCCUUUACCACCAAAAGAUAGUGGAAAUCAGCGUUAUCUUAUUCUGGUGUAUCAGCAAUCGGAUAAACUGGAUUUCGAUGAGAAGAAAAUUGAGCUAAGCAAUGCCGAUGGUCAUAGCAAUUUCGAUAUUAAAAAAUUUGCGCAGAAAUAUGAAAUGGGAACUCCGGUGGCAGGAAAUAUAUUCCAAUCCAGAUGGGAUGAAUAUGUGCCGGAACUGAUGAAGACACUCUAUGGAGUCAAUGAGUAAAGAUAUGAGAGUUUUGUGCGGUUGAUAUGUUCCUUGGUUGAGUUUUUAAGUUUUAUGUUCCUUAUUUGUGUUUAAUAAAGUGAUUUAGUUAGUCAUGAGCAUUCCAAAA